AUGGCCUCUAUUACUUCAUUUAACUCCUUUUCUUCCUCUUCUUCUUCUGAAGAAGAGCACAGCAAGAAGUCCGAGAAGGAGCUGCAGCCACAGCCGCAGCCGGAGCCGGAGCCGACAAAGAAGGAGGCGGACGAUACAUACAGUGAUGACUUUGAGGAUAAUGAAGAGCAUAAAACCGCAAGCAGCAAGAACAGUAUGUUCAGUAGUAGUACUAGUAGUGCUGGCAGUCAUGGUCAUCUUGAUAGUACAAAAGCAGCAGAAGACAACAAGCCAAUUGUCAGGAAGACCAGUGCUUCCAGUCAACAAAGCAAUGAAUUAUUUGGCAAGAAAGAGAGUGCACAUUCGAUUUCCAAAAAGAGUGAGAGUGGAUUAAGCAGCAGGAAAAACAGUGUACAUUCAAUUUCCAAAAAGAGUGAGAGUGGAUUAAUCGGCAAGAAAGACAGUGUACAUUCAAUUUCCAAAAAGAGUGAGAGUGGAUUAAUCGGCAAGAAAGACAGUGUACAUUCAAUUUCCAAAAAGAGUGAGAGUGGAUUAAUCGGCAAGAAAGAGAGUGCACAUUCGAUUUCCAAAAAGAGUGAGAGUGAAUUAAGCAGCAGGAAAGACAGUGUACGUUCAAUUUCCAAAAAGAGUGAGAAUGAAUUAAGCAGCAAGAAAGACAGUGUACGUUCAAUUUCCAAAAAGAGUGAGAGUGAAUUAAGCAGCAGGAAAGACAGUGUACAUUCAAUUUCCAAAAAGAGUGGGAGUGGAUUAAUCGGCAAGAAAGAGAGUGCACAUUCGAUUUCCAAAAAGAGUGAGAGUGAAUUAAGCAGCAGGAAAGACAGUGUACAUUCAAUUUCCAAAAAGAGUGAGAGUGAAUUAAGCAGCAAGAAAGACAGUGUACGUUCAAUUUCCAAAAAGAGUGAGAGUGGAUUAAUCGGCAAGAAAGAGAGUGUACAUUCGAUUUCCAAAAAGAGUGAGAGUGGAUUAAGCAGCAGGAAAAACAGUGUACAUUCAAUUUCCAAAAAGAGUGAGAGUGAAUUAAGCAGCAAGAAAGACAGUGUACAUUCAAUUUCCAAAAGGAGUGAGACUGGAUUAAGCAGUAAGAAAAGCAGUUCUUCUGCUAGCCUGAUCGGCAGCAGGCACAGCAGCGUGAAAAAGGAACAGCCGGCUAAAGACAACACUGAAAAAUUGAGUCAUGUAGAUAGUUCCUCUACACUUUCAAGUGUUUCAAGUGUUUCCAGGAAGUCUAGCUCGGCUGGUGUAACGACAGAGAAUGUGAUGAAAAUGAUUGAUGAAUCUGAAAAACGAAAGGCUUCUGCUAAACAUAAACAAUCAAAAGAAGAACAAUCACAAGAAGAACAACAACAGCAACGAAAAUCUGCCGCGGCUGCAGCACCCCAUCCAUCUAUCCACGGAAAACUAUCUCAACCAGCUGCCCCAUCCCCUAAAAGUGAAGAGAUGAUUGUGAAAACAAGGGAAGAACUGGAUGAAUUGCUUUCAAAAAAUGAUGAACUCCGCAUAAAACUAUUGGACAGUGGACGUUCAGAAAGGUAUUCAAACCGUUCAAGACGAGAUGUGAAUACCAGCAAUGCCUCAAACUCACGUCGACAACAAAGGAAAGCCGUUCAAACUGUUACACAGUCGAUCCGCAGGGAAUACACACGACAAGAGCUUAAAGGUGAUCGCGAUUAUCUGCUGGCUCAGCGCAAUGAUCUCCGAAAAAAAGUGGCGGCAAAUAGACACCUGCAUUCUUAUUUUGCUCUUAUUGAAGAAUGCAAUACCGAUAUCGCCAGUUUAACAGAGGAGAAGCGUGCACUAUCAUUGGUUAUUCGCCAGAAUGAGAAGGUAUUGCUGCACUGUGAGGAGGAUAUGGAUACAGAAAAUGGAUACAAAAGACUUAAUGAGGAGAUAAAGGCAUAUACAAUUCUCACGCAGCGAUCAUUGGAGAAGGCACAACGUGAUUUGAGUGAGACAAUGAAGUUACGCCGUGAUGCACAGCAGCGAGUACAGAAACUGGAGGAACAGUUGUCGAAAGCAGAAAAUGAAGAGGGAGGGAAACAUCAUGAUCGCACACAACAUGAUCACGAAAUUCGUGCACUUCAGGAAGCGUUCAUGCAAAAGUCACAACAUGUUGCGCAACUUAAGAAGCAUCUGCGUGAAUUAAACCCACCAUCCACCAGGAAGAGGCAAACUAACAGUACGGAAAGAUAUAAAGGCGGGAGAACCGAAAGGGAACGUCUUAAUGAGAGGAUACAACAAAUGCGGGCUGAGAUUGCGGUGCUGACUGCCAGAUCCAACAGACGUAUAAAGUCUAGAAGGGAAAGUACACACUCGGAGAAGAAGUCGGGCGAUACUGAAAUCUCCACAACGACAAGUGGCACUCUCACACCAGCCACAAGACGUCGCUCAAGUGCCUCCAAGAAGACAUCAGACCCCAAAACACAAGCAGAACAACAACAACAACAACAACAACAACAAGAAGGAUAUGUUAAUAAGAGCGAUUCGGAGGAACCAGCAACAAGGAACCGAUUGGCGCGUGCUUCCAUCAGCACUGAUCGGCGGUCGUCCAGCGCCCCCAUUGGUUCUCGCAGCGGCUCUGUUGAUGGAUCCAUGGAAGAUCUCAAACGACGUCUGGAGGAAAGACGCCAGAAAAACAGUAACGCACAACAACAACAAGAAAUACGUGCUGGACGUCGUGCAUCGAAUUCAACAGCGAAAAAUUCUGCAAGGACACCCUCUCAUUGUAUAUCUGCUGAAGAGGCGGAGCCCACUCUGGAUAAGUCAGAUGAACUGGAUUUCUUGGAUACCCCAGUCAACAAUACAGCUACAGUAGAAGAACCAGUAACAACAACAACAGCACCACCACCAGCAGAAGAAGAAAAUGUAGAAAAGAGUGAAAAGGAAAAUGAAAGGGGCCAAUCUCCCCCACCACCAUGGUUUGAUGAGGAUGAUGAUGAUGAUAAUCAUACCAAUAAGGAUACGAACAAGGAUAUUGUUCCCGUUUCGACAGAGAAGACUACUGCAGAAAAUGAGAACCACAAUCUUGAAUACCUUGAUGAUGAUAACGAUGUGGUAGAGGAAGAGAUGGUUAAUGAACAUCACCAGAAGGAGGAAGAAGCUGAAGAAGAAUAUGUUUCUCACCCAGUUCAUAUGAGUGAGAAGGCCCCAUCAGAAGCAGAAGCAGAAGCAAGUGCUAAAGCAGAAGAGCAUGCAAAGUCUGACGCACACGGUGCAGCAGAAUCACACCAUGAAGAGGAAGUAGCAGAAGUGGAAGUUGAAGAAGAAAUAGCUGCAGUGGAUGAGAUAGAAGAAGAAGUGAAUGACUAUACAGAGAAGACAGAGAUUACUAGAACGGGUAAUGACGAAACCCUUGCUCCUGCUAAAGAGGAAACACCAGCAGCACCAGCGGCUGAGCCCUCAUGGCUCGACUUUGACUAA